CCAGUAACAUUUUCAUCCCCAUCUUCUCCCAGUUUAUCAUCCUCUUGCCUUUACAAAUUUGGAUGAGAUUAAAAGCCGGAGAAAAACAAAAAAAUUGAUCUCUUCAGUCAGAUCAGAAAGAGACAUGGAGAGUUGUUGGUUGAAUUAUAAGAAUCACUGUGGUACUGUUUGUUUGUUUGCUGAUUAACCGAAAGUAUAAUUAAUUGUAAAAGGAGCCACUUUUAACCCACAAAUUGUCAAGUUGUUACCAAAAAUUUUGACCAUAAGAUAAAAACAACAGCCUGAAGUGUGAACAAGUGAAAAUUGGCGCAACCAGAGACUAGUUGUUAUGCCAUGUCUAAACAGUUAAUUUUUGCUAUUCAUAUGAUUUUCUUCUUAAAUUACAACUGUUUAAGAGUCCCUUGUUAGUCAAUAUCAUAUAUUAACAAACAGUAACAACAAUAAUCACCAAAUUCACACCCAAACAACCAAGAAUAUUUUAAAUUCAAGUGUGAGGCUUCAUCAAAAACCAUACCAAGUAUAAAACGGUUAUAAUACGAUUGAAAGUGCAACGUUUGUCUCUCUCUCUCUCUCUGCUUCUUUCUAUCUCUUUCUGUUUCUGUUUCAACAAAAGAAACCCUUUUUUGUCAUGCCUUGAAUUGAGUUUCUCAUUGCUAUUGUGAUUAAUAUUAUUAUCAUUUCUAUUAUUAGUAAUUUACUGUUGAUAAUUUAUAUCAUCAUUUAUUUAAAUUAUUAUUAAUACUACAGUUUUUAUUUAUAUUUAACCUAUGUGAUUACCUCUCAAUCAGCGUAAAUGUAUACAUAAAUUGAACAUAUACGAUAACAACUCCAAUCGUUUUUUGUCCUCUUUACUUUUAACUUUCAAUCUCUAUGAUUUUGUAUUCCUUUUUUUAUUAUUGAUUUAUAAUUAUUUUUCUUGUAAUUAAGUGUUCCUGUGGGUGAUGAAAGUACAUUCUUGGAUUCACUAUUAAUCACCAUUUUCCAUCUCACCGUACAAUCACCAUUUGAUGUAACCAAUGUAGCUGUAAAUCAUCACUUCCAAACUCCACACACACACACAUUGGAUGAGCUUGUAGAGAAAGGAAUACUUCACAUCUCAUCUUCUGUUUUUAUUUCAAUCACCACUAGUUUUAACAGACUAAACCUUCAUUAUGAUUGUUGAUAAUCUACUCAAAUAUCUAUAAGUUCAUGGAAAUUAUUAAUAUCUGAAUGUGUGCUAAUAUUACGAGACAAAAAAUAGUUAAACGAAUGGUCAAUUAUACCUCCAGUUUUACCUCCAAGUAUAUCUUUGGUUAUUGCUUCGGUUGUUUCUUCAAUUGUAAUAAAUUUACCGUUUGAUGGACAUAUUUGUACCAAUCCCUGUUUUACUGGCUGUAUGUUUAUUGUGUGAUUAGUGCCAUCCUAGUUAUAUUGAUUAAUUGUUGUAAUAAUUAUAAAGAUACACUCCAAGUUUAACUUCAUAUUGGAUAUCAUGAUAAUUGUUAAUGGAUUACAAGACUGUUCUAGCUGCAAGAUUAUUAGCCAUCAUUAUCAACUGCAGAGGUGGAAAUUUGCAUCAAAAUAUCAAUAUAACUGGAUUAAAAGGGAAUAUGCUCAUCAAAUUUGAACCAGGCAAUAAUUUAAAAUUUUUUGGAUUGUAUUAAUUUUUCCUUUUUGGUGUCAAAUUUCAACAAUAUAAUGGUGGUGAGAUUAUCUCUAACUCAUGGUCCAAGCAACUAAAAAGCCAAACAAUAAUUCAUCGCCGUCAACUAGCAAUUUGUUAAUUUCAAUUUUUGCCAUUUACCAUUCACUUUACCCUUUUACAUCCCUAUCCUCAUCAAUAUCGCCCACAAUUUCCCUUUUUUACCCUCCUCAUAGCCUUACAUGCACCCAACUUCCAUCUCACAACCUCCAUCGACCCGAGGAAGCCCAAUUGCUCGUAAUUUAAAUUCACCCACAUCAAUCAACAUUAGAAGAGGACGCAAUACCUACGGGAUCAGUCGAUCCAGCAACAAUAGUCCACUAACCGUUCCAGGUGGCUUAGCGGAUCCCCAUAGUGUACCUCAUUCACUGAGUACCUCUUCAGCCUACGGUCACGGGUUUCCCUAUUACGACGAUCCAGGAUCUCCUAUUGUCAUGGACACUCGACCUCAGACAGCAAUGAUGCAUGGAACCACAUCAGGCUCUGGUCGACCCGGCCGUUCAGGUCGGGUUCCAUUACGAUCAUCAUAUUCCCUGGAAAGAGAUCCAUUAAUGGACCGUGGUGGGGUUCCUGGUGAUCCAUAUUUAUCCCGUGAUCCAAGAGAGCGAUCACUUGAUAGGUUAGACAUGACAACAAGACAUUCGCGAACCCGUGAACGAUCCCUGGAUCGUUCAGUCUACCUGAGAGAUGAUCCAGUAAGCUAUCGUGAUCGAUCAGAUGCUUUACUAGAUGAUCCAUACCGUGAUGGUCCCAGUGCUCGGUCAAUGGGAAUGUCUGGUCAUACAGUUGGUUUUGCUGAUCCAGCAUCAACCAAUCCCGCUUAUUCACGCGAUUCAUACAUCAUGGAGCUACAGGCUCGUCUCAAUGAACUUCAAAGUCAAUAUUCAUGUCUUAAGCGGGAAUUAGAUGCAACUACUCAAAAAUUAGGAUCUUCAAUGCAUUCAAUCAAAACCUUUUGGUCACCUGAAUUGAAAAAGGAAAGAGCUCUGAGGAAGGAAGAGGCUGCUAAAUAUGCACUGUUAAAUGAUCAAUUAAAGAUACUCCGUUCAGAGAAUCAGAAGCAAACUGCUUUAAUACGCCAAUUGGAAGAGGAAUUGAGAUUGACUCACAUGAGGAAUCCUGAUCAAGAAGUUCAACAACACAUGGAAGCUCUUUACAACGAAAAGGAACACAUGUCUAAAGAAAUUUAUCUUCUCAGGGAAACAAUCAAGGAACUUGAAUUGCGAAUUGAAACUCAAAAGCAAACUCUUUCUGCUCGCGAUGAGAGCAUUAAAAAGCUAAUGGAAGCAAUGUCAAGUAAAGGAUUAACUGGUAAAAUGUACGAAGAAGAAAGAAUUGAAAUGGAAAGGUUGAAAACACGAAAUAUUGAAUUAGAAACUCGAAUGAGACAUUUGGAAACAAUGUUGGAAUCGAAGGAGAAGGAAAUUCUCAAGAUUGAGGAAAUGCGUAUGGAAUUGAAUAAGAAAGAUCAAGAAAUCUUGGCGAUGGGGGCAAAGAUGAAGACUCUUGAAGAGCAACAUCAAGAUUAUCAACGACACAUUGCUGUUCUCAAGGAAUCAUUAUGUGCCAAAGAGGAACAUUAUAAUAUGCUUCAAUCUGAUGUUGAAGAAUUAAGAAUGAGAUUGGAAGAAAAGAACAAAUUAAUUGAAAAGAAAACUCAACAUGCAAUGGCAACUAGUCAGGAUCGUAAUAAAUUGAAUCAAGAACUUCAAGAGCUUCGUGAUCACCUUGAUAUAAAAGAUCGUAAAAUCAAUGUAUUAUUACGAAAGAUUGAAAAUUUGGAAGAUCUGUUGAAAGAAAAGGAUAAUCAACUUGAUAUUGCUCGUAAUCGUCUUUCAUCAAUGCAAGCUCACCAUUCAACGUCUGAAGGUACUUUGACAAGCCUGGAGGAAGCAAUUAGUGACAAAGAUAAACAGAUAACACAAUUGAAGGAACAACGAGAUAGAGCUGAAUCGGAAAGGAACGAGGAAAGGGAAUUGCAUGAGAGAGAGAUUGCUGAACAUAAAAUGAAAUUGCAUGCUAUUGAAGCAGAAAUGGAUAAACUGCAGGUGAGACUGGAAAAAGCUGCUGCCGAAAAGGAUAGAAUUGAAAUUAAGUUGGAGACUUCACAGUCGGAACUAGGAAAAGCAAGAGCUGAACUUGACAAAUUACAAACUGAAAUGUAUCGGCAAACAAGCGACUGGGAGAGAGCAAGGACUGAAAAUGCUCGACUCAUCUUGGAAAAUGAAAGACUCCGUUCAGAAACUGAAAAACUUGGUCGCGAUGUAGAUCGAACCUCUUCAUCAAUAUACUCAAGCCCUUACCGAGACCGGGACCGUGAAAGAGAACGAGAUAGAGACCGAGAUCGAGAUCGUGAUCGCGAACGUGAUAGAGAUCGGGACCGAGACAGAGAUCGUGAUAGAGACCGAGACUGGGACAGAGAUCGAGAUCGAGACACAACAUCCCUUAGGAUGAGCAAAGCUAGUGAACUGGAGAUUGAAAAAUUAACUGAGCAAUUGGAAAAAACUAAAAGUGAUUUAAGAAGAGCUCAAGCCGAGCUUCGAAUGAAUCAAGCUGAACAAGAUCGAUCUCGAGCUGAUAUGGAUCAGUUGCAAGAAAAAUUGGAAAAAUCUCAAGGAGAAAUAUACAGAUUGAAAGCUAAAUUGGAAAACGCUCAAUCAGAAAGAGAAUCUAUACAAGAAGAACAUGAAAAGAUACAGUCACUUAUUGCUCGAUGUCAAAUUGAACGAGAUAAUGCUCAUUCGGAGGCUGAUAAAGUAAGAAGUGACAUGGAGAGGAUUCAAUCAACUUUAGGAAAGACUCAAUUACAAUAUGAGAAAGCACAAGCUUCAUUGGAUAAAAGUCAAGCUGAAUAUGAUCGGUUGCAAGAAAAGUAUGACAAGGUUAAUAAUGAACUUCGUCGAUUAACCAGUGAUCGUGAUAGAUAUCAAAGUGAAGUUGAAUCCUUGAGGUUACAUUAUGGUGACGUCGAUAAUAAGUUACAGAAACUUCAAUUGGAAAGAGAAACAUCUAUGGUUGAACUCGAAAAAUUGAAAGAAAAAUAUGAUCGUACUACAAGUCAAAUGAAUCGAUAUUUGAAGGAAAAAGAACAAGCGAUCCAGGAGUGGGAAAUAUUGAAAGAGAAAUUUGAUUCACUUCAAUCACAAUUAACUCGCUACCAGAAAGAAAAAGAAUCAGCUCAACGUGAGGUUGAAUUAACACGGGAGAGACUCGAAAAGGCUCAGCACCAGGUGGAAAGAUAUCAACGUGAGCAUCAAACAGUUGAAACUGAAGUUACUCUUCUUCGUGAAAAGAUGGAGAAACUGUCAACUCAACUACAGAAGGCCCAAGAAGAUAAAGAGAUCGGUAAAGUUGAACAUGAAAUGAUGAUGGAAAAAAUUGAGAAAGCUCAAGGAGAAGUUAUCAAAUUACAAGCUCGUUUGGACCAAUCCCAAUCAGAAGUUAGCCGAUUAACAAUUGAAUGUGACAAGGCAAAAGCAGCAGCAAGUACCGUUAAAGAGGAACACAAGAAAGCUCAAAAUGAAUUUGAAGGUCUCCAGGAAAUAUAUGCAAGAACUAAUAGUCAACUCAUGAGAAGUAAAGAAAUGGAAGAAAAGUUAAAGACUGAAGUGGAAAAAUUGACCGCUGACUUGGAAGUUUUAAGAGAGAGAUAUGAUAAAUCUCAAGAACAGGUUCGUAAAUUGACUUUGGAACGUGAUAAAGCAGUAACCGAAGCUGACAGGAUGGCUCUGGAAAUGAACCGAAUUCAAACACAAGUUGGUAAAACUCAAACCACUCAUGAAAAGCAUCAAGAGGAAAUAGUUCGUCUUCAAGUUGAAACAGAAAAGGCUUAUGAAAAAAUUGAGCGGGCACAAGCCGAUUUAAGGAAAGCUCAAGCUGAAAAGGACAACAUUUUAGCAGAGAAAGAGCGUCUUGCAGCUGAUCUUGAAAGGUAUCAAAGUCAGACCAGUAAAUACCAAUCAGCUCAUGAAAAGUUUCAAUACGAGUUUGAUCGUAUUAGUGUUGAACUUGACCGAAUCCGAGAUAAAUAUGAAAAAUGUAAAGCAGAUUUGGAUCGUAGCAAUAAUGAAAAGGAGAAAAUGAUGAUUGACAUUCAACGGGCUCAAGCUGAAGUUGAAUCUGUUCAAAAAGAACGUGAUUGUUGUUUAAGAGAAAUUGAUAAUCUAAAAUUGGAUUUGAAACAAUUAAGAGAACGAACUACAGCUCAAGCAGCAAGUUCGUCAACAGCCGGAUCAACAGCCAAAAGUGAGACAAUGCAACAGCUCAAUGAGCUUAGAGAAAAGCAUAAAAUUGAUAUUGAAAUGCUACAAAAGGAGCUUGAUAAUGCGCGCUCUAGACUCGAAAAAUACAAAGCUGCCGAAACAAAACAAAAACAAGAAAUUGAAAGAGCAAUCAUCGAAUUCGAAAAGAUUCGUGAUAAAAUGGAACGUAACCAAGCCGAAUUAACUAAAGUACAACGGGAAAGAGACAGUUUAACGGAACAAGUCAAAUCUUUACAAAAUGCUUUAGCUACAGCUAAGUCAACUUUAGCAUCGAACCAACAGCAAACAAAAACAAAUCAACAACAAGCAAACCAACAGCAAGUUGAAGUUGGAACUGCCGAAGUUUCCAGAUUAAAACAACUUUUAUCUAAAUCAGAAGAUGAUUUACAGCGAACUCUAGCAGAGAAUAAUCGUCUCAAGAUGGAAGUAGAAAGACUUCGCCAAGAUUUAGAUGAUGCUGAAGGAUACAUUCAAAAGAUAUCAGAAGGUCAAGAAGUUCGAAUGCAAAGUGAAUUUAAAAAAUUAAAGGAUCAACUUGAGAAAUCUGAAGCUUCAUUAGCUGCUGUAAUGAAGGAAAGAGAUUCACUUCAUAUUGAAUUACAAGAGCUUGCUGAUGCCUAUGAGUCAUUAGAAAAGGAAAAAGGCACUCCUUCUGGUUUACCAAAGGCUGAGGUUGAUCGAUAUAACAGUCAAAUUGCUGGUUUACAAGCAGAGAUGAAAAAAAUGGAAGCCUCAUGCAGGAAAUAUGAGACUGAGAAUAAAGAAUUGCGAAGUAAACUGGAAAAAUCAUUGGAAGCAAUAACAGCUUUCCAAAAGCAAGUCGAUCUAUCAAAACAGGAGAUUAAUAAAUUAUCUGAACAGUCGAGACUAUUGAAGAAUGAAAAUUCCAAAUUGAUUGGUCAACUUCAACAAUCGCAUCAACAAUUACAGUCUGCAAAUGCAGCGGUUGCUGCUGCCAACAGCAAAGGACCAGAUCCGAAGAUUGGGGAAGAAGUGAAUAAAUUAAAAGGUGAAUUAGAGAGACAACGAAAUGAAACACAGAAAUGGAUGCAAGAAGCUACCCAAUUAAGGAAACAAUUAGACCGAGCGCAAGAAGAAAUGAAGACAUUCAAGCAAGAAAGAGAUCGCUUACAAGAUCAGCUCGAGAAAUUAAUCAACGAGUUGGAAGCCAAAGAGAGAGGCUUACAACAGGCAAAGCAACAACAACAAAAAGGAAUGCAACAAUUAACUGCCCAACAACAACAGCAACAGCAACAAUUACAACAACAAAGUACCGAACUGGCCGCAAUGAAAAAAUCGUUGGAUGAACGAGCUCGAGGCUUACAAGAGAUGGAACAAAAACUGUCUAAAAGAAAAGCUGAACUCGAUCAAAUGGAGAAACAGCUUGAAGUCGCAAUGAAACAAUCAGCUCAACAACAACAGCAACAAGGCCAACAAGCUAACGCUGCUCAAGCUAAUAAUGACAAGAUGUUAGCUGAAAUGAAAAAGAAAAUGGAAGCCAUUGAAUCUGAAAAGUCUAAAUUAUUAAAUGAACUGAAAAAGACCAAAGAAGAAGCCAAUCAAACUCAAACUGAACUUGAAAGAUUAUUACAAAUUAUGAAAGCUUCCGAGGAAGAAAAGUUUGCUCUUAACAAACAAGUUCAAGAUUUACAAACUGCUCUGAAGACAACUCAAAGUGCUGUUCAACAACGGCGUCCGCCUGGACCACCAGGAGAAGGUCAAGGACAUGGUGGCGAUCCUUCUAAAGCUGGUCAACAGGCUGGUCCUGCUAGCUUUUUUUCUAGUUUUUUUUAACUACAAAUUGAAAUUAGAGUUAACUAAUUAUAGAAACCCUGGCGGUCUCGAAAAUUUCAACUAUGGGGAGAAUCAAGUUCAAUUUACGAUUUAUGGUUGAUUGUCAAUUGGCUGGUUGAUUCUUGAUUUUGCCUGCCAAUUUUGGCUUUUGGUCAACCUUUUGAUCUCCUCAUCUAUAUCCUUGUCUUUCUGGUUGACUGUGUGACCAUUGUUCAAUCAUCUUCACCUUCACCUCAUCUAGUCAUCAUUUUACAUUAUUCAUCUCAAAAGCAACUUUUGGUCACCACCAAGCGAAUCACUAAACUGUUUAUCAUCAUUAAUUUUUUCGUGAUUGACACCAUCACUAUCAUCAACUUGAUGCAUGGAAGGCACCCAAAACAUACACAAUACACAUUCAUUCACACAAGAAAAUUAAUCAUUCACAUUGAUCAACAGAGCACAUUCCAAUGCAAAACAAAAGUUAACCAAACUUUAAACAAUUAGCCCUUUGCUUCGAUUAAUUGACCAAAAUCCAAUGAACCUGUCAAUUGGAUUAUGAUUGAUACUUUUUAGAUGACAGAUCCUUAAAUGUGUCUGUCAACAAUUUUAGGUGAAAAUAACAAGCUUAACAAAACUCAUUUGAAAAGACCUAACCAAGUGAAGAUUGCAAGCAAAUAAUCAAACCAAAACUUGUCCGUGUUAAAUUGCUCGUUGCUUGUUUCUUGAUGAAAUGACAAACAUAUCAGUGAAGACUGAAUAAAAUAUAUGAAAAUUAUAAUUUGUUUAGUCAGCAAAUCUAUUAAUCUGUUUGGAUGUGCAGGAAUCACUCAAGAAUCAACGAAAGCUGGCCAGAUUUGGAUACAAUCAGAAGUAAAACUCAAAAAGCUAGAUGAUUUUGUGCAUUGAACAUUUUCGGUAUUUUUCCUUUAAAAUCAAAUCUUUAUUUGAUUAAUCUUGAAAUGCUCUUAUACACUUUUUAUCCUGUGGAAACAAUUGCAAUGAAAGUUAACAUCAUCAUCAUCACCGCCAUCAUACAAAUGCAUCAUUAUUUAAUUUCAUCCAUGGUUCCAUCGCUUUCAUCAAAAUAGAGCGAAUUGGCUCUGGUCUUCCGAGUACCAAGAAAAUUCCAAUUGAUUAAAGAAAAAAAAAGAAACUUGAUGUUAAAUUAGCCAGCGGGUUUGGCGGUUUUUAUUGUCACCAUGUUAAUCAUACUCAUCACCGUUAACUCAAAUCAUUGAAACAUUACCAAACUAAAGCAAAAUCAAUAGAUUGGGCAAAAACCAACCUAGAAAGAUAAUAAUCGCCUUACCUGUUAAACAAAAAAAUACAACACAAUAAAAGCAAACAUAAAGAAAUCAAUUAAACUGCCAUUUACAAAACCAAAUUGUUGACUAUUUCUGCUCUUGAUUUGCUUCGUAAAUAAUGGAUACUUUGAGCAAUCAACUG